AAAAAUCGCCCGACACGGGUUUUCAUCGAACUUUGUCAGCGCUUGAAGCAGUUGCAGCGGCUUGCAGAGGCGCCUUGUGCCAGCAUUUAUACACCUACGGCAGUAGACGACCGCUGCGACCACUGCGAGCCACGGUUUCGCAUCGCUGCGCUGCUGCACAACUGAGCACUUCAGCCUGAAGCAGUGCUGCCGGGCAACAACACGCACCAUGCGUCGCCUCCUCGCCCUGACUACCACAACACUAGUAUGCGCCCUCGCUCCGAGCGAUACGCGACCAUUCCUCACGCUGCUAGAUGGGAGCGGCAGCCAGCGCCUCCCGGCGAGCAUGGUGGACCGCUUCCCGACGUGGCUUUUCGAUGGGGCCUGGCAACGCGUGCCCGACAGCGACGGCUUCGUGAACCCCCAUAGCUGUGACGACGUCUGGCAUGCUUCAGACCUUCCGGAGCCCGCGCCGCGACUGUGCGUCGGCCUGCACGUGCGCGACGGCUCCCUUCGGCACGUAUUUCCUGCGGUAGACCUCGACGUUGACGGCUACCGGAACCGAGGACUGAAGACGGUGCCGCGUGCGCAUCAGUGGCUGGCGUUCAGCGCGGCGCUGCCGACGGAGCUCAACCUCUACGCCGGUGGGCAUAGCUACUCCGCGACGGAUACCCUCGGCCGCGUCGUCGAGGCGCUCGCAACCGAUGCGCCCGACGAACUGGGCCAGGGCUCGCAUGUCAUCCACGCGGUCGUCGAGGGCGCGCCGCCGCUUCCUCCGUUGCUCACGAGCACCGAGGAGCAGGAGGCGCGCCUCGUCGUCUUCCUGGCCGACGCCCUCUUCGACGCCCGAGACGCUGCCGAAGUCGAGAGAGCUGGCAUUCUAGACGUCCUAGUGCUCGAGACGGCCGCAGGCAGUGCAAGUGAGCACCUGCCAGCAGCCUAUGCCGGUCUGUUCGCGGGGAGGUCGUCAGGUGCGUAACAAAGAGAG